CAAUAUGAUUUUUUGAUAUGUUUAUCUUUAUUGAUUUUUAGGUAAUGUUGUUUUUGAGUCUAUUGCUAGAUGUUUAGAAAAAACAUUUUGAUAUAACCUAUCGUAUCUAUAAAAUAUAUUUGAUCUUGUUACUGUUUAAAGACCGCUGUUUAUCGAAUCAGCUUAGAAAAGUAGGCUUUACCUUGGAAAUAUUCAAAUUUGGCGCCAAAAUCUCAUCGAGGCUGCAAAAUCCAUUGUGAGGACAUUGUUUCUCGUUUUCGUGCCACGUUUUGGAAUAUAUGUUUACAAGGCCACAAGGCAUCUUGAAUUUCCCAUUCGUCAAACACAAUAAAACCAGUUAUACGUUUUUUCGCGAAAGGAUAUCGUUCCUUGGAAACGAACAAUUUUAUCAAUAUGAUGGAAGAAGAGGAUGGAUUUGAUUUGCCACCUACUCCAGAAGGCAUGGCUGACGUGGACGUGUCUCUUAGCACCGACGGGUCUAGGCCUACUUUACUGCUUGCAGGAACGACGAAGCCUGCGGAUUUUACUGAGCAAAAGAACGACUCAGCUGACAUUGUUGGAGUAGAAAAAGAAGUUAUUUCAAAUAAAAUUGAAUUAGAAAGCGAGAAAAUGACAAAAGAAAAUGUAAAUGCAGAGAAGGACUGCUUGGAUGGGAAUGGCAAAGGUCUAGAUGGAAAUCAGGAAUCAGCAAGUGGUCCCAAUACGAUUAAAGAACUGUUUGGUGAGUCCGCAGAGAGCGAUGGUUUUCUUUCGUCAAAUUCAAAGCAAAACAGCUUGCCAACAGCAUCUGCUCUUUUUAGCAGUACUGGUGACUCCCAUGAUUUGUUUGCGAAUGAUAAAAAAUCGGAUCCAUUCCCAGUUGCUCCUAGUAAAGUACCUAACUUUGAAGAACAGCGUAAGGACGAUGGUUCGAAUGCCAUGGGUUUGCUGGGGGAAUCAUUGCAAGAUUUGACUGUUAAAGACAAUAACAGUAUACCUGAUUUCCCUGGAGGAUCAGUUCCUGGUAUUCCUGCAAUGAGUCAUUUCACAAAUCAAGGCACUGCUAGCAAAAAUGGGCAAGCUGCUGUCUUGACAGGAUCUUUUCCCAAUACUCAAUCCGCUCCAGCUAUCUACAGCCCCCCUGGAAAUACAACAAGUAACAGCACACCUUUACCAGGGCAAACACAUAUGCCAGGUUUUCAAAAUCCAGAUCACAAAAUACCUGGUACUUUUAACCAAGGACAGACUCCUAUGCUAUAUAAUCCUCAAAACUUUGCACCACAGAAUCAAAAUUAUCCAUCACCAAAUCAGAAUGAUCCAAUAAUGAACAGACCAGAAAAUGUAGACAUGUCUCAAAAUCGAGCCACUAUUGCCACAUGCCAAAACAUUGCUAAUGUAGGUAAUAGCUACAUGUAUACUGCGCCAAUUGCCAGUGUGAUUCCGCAAUAUGAACAGCCUCAGAGAAAUGGCCAGUCUGUACAGCAACCCCCUGCUAGGCUGUAUCAAAGUCAUGUACCAAAGCAAGUUGCUCGUCCUGCAGGGGAAUUAUUUGUUCCUGAUCUGUAUGGGAGUCCAAGCUCAACACAGCCUAGUCAAGUCAAUAUAUUCACACCUGAUGCAGUGCCCACAUACAACAUAAGCGCUUCCAACACACCACAAACAAAUUUUAGUCAACAAGAUGCUACACCAAACACUUACAAUAUGCAAAACUCAUAUGGUGCAUACCAGGGAGCAAAUCAAAGUGAUAUCAAUUCCUAUGAUUAUGGGAGCAUUCAGCCAUUGAGCUAUUCAAACCAACAAGCCAUGACCUACAGCAAUGCACAUGACCCGGGUUUUUGGGAAUGGGUCAAAAAUCAACCAUGGGGAGAGGAGGCCCAAAGACUUGGCAAACAGAUUUUGCAGAAGACAAAAAAUGCAACUGAUACAGUUUUAACAACUUUAGACCCAGGCAUGGAAGAGUACCUCAAUCCAGUCGUUCACCUGGCCAUAGGAUCACAAGACAGCAAUAUUAUGCAGGCUAUUCGCCAAGGCUUUAAAAAUGUGUUUGGACACACAGCUGCCAAAGGUCAUGGCGUGCAGCAUUCCUAUGCAAGACUUCCAAUUGGCUUUGAUUUAGCAACAAAGUCUGUCACUGAAAAGCUAGAUGCAAUUACUGCUAUAGAUUUCAAAUUCAACCAGCCAUAUGUCCAUGUGGCAAUUCAACCAUUUUUGACAGAGCUUCAGCAGGGCAGAUGGUCCUGCAUGCUUUGCCUGGCCAUAAGAGACUGCUCGAAGCAAAUCCAGUUACAAACAUUCUCACAACCCAUUCAGAUACCGUCCCAGUGUAUUUCAAUAGCAUACAACAAAACGUCACAAGAGGUUGCCCAAUAUGGCCUAGAUGUUGACAUUGAUGAAGCUGUAAGGCUGUACCAGCCAUAUGCCAACGACCAAGACUGGUGUUCGACCUUAACAGGAAUUAAACUGGAAACUGUUAUUACAAUGGCCGCCCAAGGCCUAGCAGCGGAGUACAGACGAGAACUCGAUAACCCAAGUGUAACGAACGUUGAAUCGUUUGUUGUCAUGCAAUGACGUCAUAGAUACAACUUAUAAAUAUUGAGAUAGGCCUUGGGUUUUUACUUGCUGUUUGUAAGAUGCAAAACACUUGUAAUAAUAUCGAACUUUUAGGAAAGAAAUGGCAAUCGAUUUUGUAAAGAUGUGUAUUAGACAAAUAUUUUACGCUUUCAUUGCCAAAUUAGUUCAUACUACUCGAUAUAAGAGGAGGGACCAUUUGGGAGAGAGCGGGUGACCCACAGGUGUAUGGAAAUAGGCCCCAAGGGUAAUGUUUUUUGCAUUCAGAAAAGCCUGCUCUCAAAAUACCGAUCCCAUGGGACUUGACCUUUCCAACAGAGGACAUAGAAAUUAGUGACGCCCAUUGUCAAGGGGAUUCUCUGGAAAAAUCUUACCAAGAAUCUUCGGUCUGUGGGAAAUUCAAACUUGAAUGCUUUGCGGUCUGAUUUUGCUUGUAAAUAAUGAUGAUUUCUGAAUGAAAAUCUGUUCAGUUUCCAGACUGCUUGAAUAAUUCAUAACCAGAAACUGACGUUUUGAAAUAUAAAUUUCUUGACUCGAAGCUUUAUUGCAUGGGAAACAGUUAUUUAAAGACCAAAGCUAACUGGGAAAUGUGACAGUUCGGUGAAAUGUGUAUUCCCCACGGUUUUGAUUUUGUCACAAUUCUCAAGUGAAUGGAUUCAUUUUGCCUGGUUCUGCAGAUUGCCACUGUAAACAGAUUGCCUCUUUGUUAUUGAACGUAUUUUACGGCUGCUAACAAAUUAAAAUUGUAUUUUAUAUUCUAAAUUCUAAGCUUUCAUUUAAAUGUUUCACUUCAGUUGUUUCAUCUUUGCUAUUUUAAUAUCUGCCUAUUUGUCUGUUAAAUUUAUUUCCAUUUUACAUUCAAAAUUUGAGUUUAUAAUGAAAUCUGGUGCAUUUUCAUUCAUUACUUUUUUUAGAUUUGCCUAGUAUCAUUUCAUUUAAAAUUAUUCUGAG